UGUGGUAUGGUAACUAGAGACCCCAGAAAGCCUCGCUAGCAACAAAAGAUAAGAACGCGACACCAGGGGAGUCCACGGAUGUGGCGCUACUUUUUAGAUUCACCGAGAGUCGAGUCUGGACAGCGUAUUGGACCUGCUUCUGUUCGCCUGCGGAUUCAACCGGUGGCCCCGAUAUAUAACUCGCCUUGCAUAUUAAAUUCACAGAUAUUACAGCUGUAGGCUACUUGGCUGCACGUCUGGAUGUAUUGAAAUCCUGUUACAAUACAGCUGAAUGAUCCAAAAUAAGCUGAAAGUGACGUGACGUCGGGUUUGCUCAUUUACACUCUAGCGAUGGCCUUUAGAAACUGAGCUUUUGUCGUGCGCAUCGCGCCGGUCGGCGGAAAAGGGUGGACAGUGAGAGGUGUGGAUUGCAGCGGGAGGAGGAGUGGUGCGGUGCUGCCGAGGCGCGCCUCCAUUCAGAAGGAUGCUGGUGGGAAAUGCCUGUCGACAGAGAGGCCGAGAUUUGUCAAAAAGCGCUGGAACUCUUAUCGGAUCUCUGUUCUAAGGGGGAAGUGCAGAACGAGAACUGUUUGGACUUCAUUUACUAUUUCCGAGACCUUGCAAGACCACGGUAUUCAGAAUCAGAUGUAUCAGUGAGCCUGCUGUCGCUGGUGGUGACCGCCUGUGGCCUGGCCCUGUUUGGUGUCUCACUCUUUGUCUCCUGGAAGCUAUGCUGGAUUCCAUGGCGCGAGCGAGGCCUCUCUCCUGGCACCAAAGAGGGCCAACCAGAGCACCCCCUCCCACCCCCUCCACCCCUACAACCACAGCCCAUCUACACAGAGGUGGACACAACGCUCGAUCGCCGGAGCCAGCCUCGGGGUUCGGUGGUUAAGGAGUCGACGGUACCCCCCACACCAGUCUCCCCACCGCCUCCCAGUUCUCCGCCGCCAGUUCCAGUGCCUGAGGCAGCCCUGAAAAUAAGCCACACCUCUCCUGACAUUCCCCUAGAAGCAGAGUCCAAGGCGGGGGAGAAUGGUGUUUAUGGGAACAGUCGCAUGCAGAGGCAGAUCACUGAUCCAGCCUCAACCUGUGUUCGGCAAAGCUCUAUUCGCCGUCACAUGAACCAGUCCAAUCCUGACUUUAUGGUAGCUCAGUUCCAGAGACAAGACUCCUUGACAGGCAUGAGCCUCGGGCGCCUCAAACCAGAGCUGUACAAGCAGCGCUCCUUGGAUGGCGAGGAGACCCGAGCUGGUCGGGGGGGCACCUGUGGCCGCCUCCAUUUCGUUCUCAAAUAUGACUGCGACUUGGAGCAGCUCAUCGUCAAGAUCCAUCGCGCCCAAGACCUGCCUGCCAAGGACUUUUCUGGCACCUCAGACCCCUAUGUUAAGAUUUACCUUCUGCCAGAUCGCAAGACCAAGCACCAGACCAAGGUGCACCGGAAGACUCUGAACCCCGUGUUCGAUGAAGUCUUCCUCUUCCCUGUGGCAUACGCUGAGCUUCCAACACGAAAGCUCCACUUCACUGUUUACGAUUUUGACCGCUUCUCACGUCAUGACAUCAUUGGACAAGUGGUGGUGGACAACUUCCUGGACCUGGUGGACUUUCCCCGGGAGACCAAGCUGUGCCGGGACAUCCAUUAUGUGUCCUCGGACAAUGUGGACCUGGGGGAUUUGAUGUUUUCUUUGUGUUACUUGCCCACUGCCGGUCGCCUGACCAUCACAAUGAUAAAGGCACGUAACCUAAAAGCCAUGGACAUUACUGGAGCUUCAGAUCCAUAUGUGAAGGUUUCUUUAAUGUGUGAAGGGCGGAGAUUAAAGAAGAGGAAAACCUCCACAAAAAGGAACACCCUGAACCCUGUUUAUAACGAGGCUAUAGUCUUUGAUGUCCCACCAGAGAACAUUGAUCAAAUUAGCCUUUUAAUAGCUGUGAUGGACUAUGAUCGUGUAGGCCACAAUGAGGUUAUAGGUGUGUGUCGGGUGGGUAACGAUGCAGAGAGUUUGGGAAGAGACCACUGGAAUGAGAUGCUUACAUACCCUCGUAAACCCAUUGCUCGCUGGCAUCCUCUUGUUGAGUACCAGGGGUCUGGUGGGGGAAGCCAGACUGGAUCCUGCAACUCCCUCAAGACUCCUCCAUCCCCUUAGAGCAAUGCCCGCCUCCAUCUCAGCAUAUGUGUUGGAGAUAGGCUCCGCCCUGUGAGCUAAGAGGCCAGACACAGGGCUGCUGAGUUCCAGAGGCGUGUUUCUCAUGAAGAGGCUGGAACAUCAUUCUCUUCAACCUGGGCUUUUGGAAGCCCUUCCUUGCAUGGGAACACUGAUUGUUUCAGCUGCAUGUUGAGUGGUCGCAUACUGUACGGUUCCUUUAUACAAAAUAUGGUGAUAUGAAAAGAGUACAAGGUUUUUUUUUGUUUUUUUGGGGGGUUUUUUUCCCCCCAAUUUUGAAGUAGCCAGUUCAAGGCCUAACAUGCCCCUCCCCUACUGGGUGUCCACCAGUCAGGGUGGUCAAACGAUAGUGUAUGUCAUUUGAUGCAUAGACAGCUUGCUGUUGCACCUCUUUGAUCCACUGGCCUGACAGUGUGGUCAGACUCCUUGAUGCACAAAUCUAACAAGCUGGUACAUCCCUUUAGUGACAGGGGAGAGAGAGACUAUGUUGCCCAGUCCUCUCAGAAAGAAGAUUCAGCACAGCUGGGGAUUCAGCCUCGGGGUCACUUUGCACUGGAAUUAGUGCUUUUAUAGAAAAAGUCGCUCUAAGACUAACCGUUAUGAGUCACAUAAAGCAUCUGUAUGGGUGUCUAUAGGUUUGAUUUGAUUAAAUGUCUCUCUUUUUUAAGCAUAGUCUUGGUUCCUGUUUUUGAGUGGAUAUUGUAAUGUAUGUUACUGUGUUAUCUGUAGAUCUUGAGGUCAUGUUAUUCUCCUACAUCCUUCCUUUUUUACUCAAAAGUGCAUGAAUUUGUUUUGGUGAGGUACAGUCUAAAGCAUUUUCGUCAUGAAAUAAUGUGUGAAUUCCGUCAAAAACCGUUGCUGCCAUUUGCUGAUGGUUUACUCAUAAACUUUACAAGUAAAAUGUAAUUUCAUGUUAUU